GUCCACGGAUCUCUUGGUGCAACUAAAGAGACCACAAUCCAAAUGCCAUCCACACAUGGUGCCUUACCCCUAACUGCUAAGGAAAAGCCAACACACUCUUUUGUUUUCUAGUUGGGAUGAGAAACCCAGAAAGAAAAGCCCUCUUUUAAUAGGAGCCUCUGAACACAAAACCCCUCCAGCUCACUCACUUUCUCCACCCCUCUUUAAUUUCUCUUUAGUUCUCUGCAACUUCCCAUAUUCUUUGGUCUGCUCUCCAACCCAUUUGCAGGCAUUUCCCCCGGCCGGUAAGCCUUCUGUAAAGCAGCUCUCUUUCUGGCAUUUGGGUUUCUGCAACAUGCAUUUUGAUUUUGCCAUGCUUUGGAGUCCAUAGUUUUGGGGUGCAUUGCUAGGGAUCCGUUACUCAGAUGAUUGCCAAUUCCCAUCUUGAAGCACUACCCAUUUCCUUUUAGCAUGUGGUUUAAGCUACUGAGAGAAUCUGCAAUCAUUUUCUUUUCUGGGAUUCAUGCUAUAUGCUUUGGUUAAAAGACGUUUCACAUGUUUCAGUGGUGUGUAGCGCAGAUAAAAAGGUGAGACCUUUAUUGGUGGUGAGUGAAUUAUAUGGAUAUGGACUUUCUUAUGAGGAAGUUUAGACCAUAGGUUGACCUGGUCCACCAUUGCUUUUUCCCUGGUCCACAUCAUCAGAUAGGGUAGCAGAUCACACCCACCCAAAUCAUCGUUUGAGAGCUUUGAUGAUCAGCUGCCAUUAAUCUUUACUAGGAUGAACUUGUUCCAGCAUACUAUAAACCCCAAAAGAAGCCAAAUUUACGAAUAAACCAAAGGGGAAAUAAGUUUCCAGAUACCAGAUUUGUUUGACAAAUGGGGAACUGAGCUGUUGGUAUGUCCCUUCUUAUGGCCUAUUCAUCUACCAAUGAUUGAACACAAGUAGAGUUGGUGCCCUGGUGGUUGAUAUCGAUGUUUUCGUUAUUCUGCUUGUAAACAUAAAGGAAGAAAGCCCUUUGAGUUGACGUUCUUGUCGUUUCAUUUCUCAGUUUCUAUAGUGUUUGAUUUCUCAAAUCUACGAAUUUGUUUACUUGGUUCUGGGAGUUCCAGGGGUUUAGGGAGUAGGCGAAAAUGGCCCAUAUCUUGGCACCAUCAGCACAAUGGCAGAUGAGGUUGUCGAACAAGGUGGCAGCACCUGUCAAUCCCAUGACAGGAAAGAUGUGGAGUUCCUUGGUGAUGAAGAAGAAGGGAACUACAAAAGGUGCUUCCAAAUUCCGCGUCUUUGCAAUCAAGGCCGAGAACAGCACUAUCAAUAGGCUAGACAAUCUCUUGAACUUGGAUAUCACCCCAUUCACUGACAAGAUCAUUGCUGAGUACAUCUGGAUUGGAGGAUCGGGCAUUGAUCUUCGAAGCAAAGCAAGGACAAUUGAGAAGCCUGUGGAGCAUCCAUCUGAGCUUCCCAAGUGGAAUUAUGAUGGAUCAAGUACCGGGCAGGCACCGGGAGAAGACAGUGAGGUUAUUAUAUACCCACAAGCAAUUUUCAAAGACCCAUUCCGUGGAGGUAACAAUAUCUUGGUCAUUUGUGAUGCUUACACACCAGCUGGUGAGCCCAUUCCGACCAACAAGCGUUACCGUGCUGCUCAGAUCUUCAGUGACCCGAAGGUUACAGCUGAAGUUCCAUGGUAUGGCAUAGAGCAAGAGUACACAUUGCUUCAACAAAAUGUGAAAUGGCCUUUGGGUUGGCCAGUUGGUGGCUACCCUGGUCCUCAGGGUCCUUAUUACUGUGGUGCUGGGGCAGAUAAGUCCUUUGGUCGUGAUAUAUCAGACGCACACUACAAAGCUUGCUUGUAUGCUGGAAUCAACGUUAGUGGCACCAACGGAGAAGUCAUGCCUGGCCAGUGGGAGUAUCAGGUUGGUCCUAGUGUUGGCAUUGAUGCUGCAGAUCAUAUCUGGUGUUCCAGAUACAUUCUUGAGAGAAUCACAGAACAAGCUGGAGUUGUGCUGUCCCUUGACCCAAAACCAAUUGAGGGUGAUUGGAACGGAGCAGGAUGCCAUACCAACUACAGGCAUUUGGAUUUUCUCUUUACUUUAUCAAAACAAAUGCUUAGGUUAAGUGAGACAAGUUAUAUAACAAAAGCUGUUGUAUGUGGUUGCAGCACAAAGAGCAUGAGAGAGGAUGGAGGGUUUGAAGUGAUUAAGAAGGCUAUCUUGAAUCUAUCUCUUCGCCAUAAGGACCAUAUAAGUGCUUACGGUGAAGGAAACGAGAGACGACUGACUGGAAAGCACGAGACUGCCAGCAUUGACCAGUUUUCUUGGGGAGUUGCUAACCGUGGUGCCUCAAUUCGUGUGGGACGCGACACUGAGAAGAAAGGCAAAGGUUACUUGGAGGACCGUCGCCCAGCCUCAAACAUGGACCCGUACAUUGUGACUUCAUUAUUGGCUGAGACUACACUCUUAUGGCAACCGACACUUGAGGCUGAAGCUCUCGCUGCCCAGAAGCUGGCUUUGAAGGUCUGAUGAGAAAUGGUUGAAGAAAAACAGAAGGUCAAUUAAGGAUGUCAACAACGAUUUCUUUCGAUUUAGUGGUUCAGGCUGAAGGCAGCAUCGGAUUUUUCUUCCUCCUAGCUCUUCAUGAAAAGAUCCGUGUAAAUAAAUGUUCCUGAAUUGCCGCUGUCGAAGGUCAAUCGCCCUGAGACUGAUGAAUUGUUGCUCUCUUUCCAAUAACUUCUGAUUCUUGAUGCUUGGACAAUGAAUAGACCUGAAAUCACCUCAUGCCUUUUGAGAAGUUUAAACGUUGUCCUCUCCCUUUCAUCUUCUGGAGAUUCUCCUCUCUUUUUGCCUAAAGUUUGGGAAUAGCUACAGCAAGAGAAUAGCAAUCAUUGUAGGGUCAGGAGAAGCCAAAAUGAUUGCAUCAUUUUUUGCAGGAAGCCAGGAUCUGUUAUUCCUUUGCUUCCCCUGCAGGCAGAAAAAAGGCUUAUUCUUCCAGGAUAAAGUGAUACCUAACUGCUGCAUAUAAUUAUCCAAACUAGCUCCUCUUUCAGGUCCUGAAAAAUUUAUUCCUUCCCUUCCAUAGAGGCAAACCCAAAUGAAGGGGGAAAGAAAGGCAUUAGAGGCAUUCCUUAGGAAUCAAGACAAUCCAAUUGUAUAAUGCGAGGUUCCAAG